AUCCUCCUCCCAUGGCGUCGUUGAUAUUAAAUUGAUUACAAUGGCGUCUCUCACCCCCGGCGUUCUCUCAAAGCUCAUCGAAAACGCCGGUAAUAAGAACUCCAAAGUUACCGGCGAGCACCGGACGCCUCUUCUCCAAGUCCUCCAGAUUCUCCCCUCUCUUCCCGGUUCCGGUGACGACGACGACCAAAAUGACCCGUUUCGAACCAGAGGCUUCUUCUUGAAACUCUCCGAUUCUCUCCAUUCCGCUUACGCUUCCAUUUCCGACGACGACUUGGAUUUAAUUUACAGCGAUAAGAUUCAGUUGGGUCAAUUCGUUCAUGUCUCCCGGUUCGACCCGGGCCGGUCUGGUUCUCGCGUUCCGAUUCUUCGUGGGUUGAAGCCGGUUUCUAGAAGAAGACCUUGCGUUGGAAAUCCCGUUGAUUUGGUCUCCAGCGACUUGCUCCCGAUUUCACGCGCCGCUGUGGGCGUUAAUGGUUUCUCGAAACGUACGGUGGAGCCGAGGAGGAGGUUGAGUUUGGACUCGGCGCGGCGGGGAUGGGACCGUGGGACUCCGCUGGCUUCUACAGCCGUAAAGGCCGCCGGUUCGCCACCGAGGAGGGGUUCUUCCGAGAAAGGGUCGGCCAAGGCAUUAAAGUUUUCGCCGCUUAAAACUAAAGAUGAGGGCUCAUUGGUACGGAAGCCGACGAGUACAGUUAUUAAACGCAAAGAUGUUAAGUUAGCGGCCGUAAACCGCCCCAUUCCGGUGGCGGUGGAUUUGAAAAGUUGGUCGGAGAAGAGUAUGGCGUGGAGGGCGCUGCCGUUGACGGUGGCCGUUGCUGGAAAGAAAAGCGUUAGAAGUCGAAAUCUUGCAUUUAUGAAGGCAGUUGAUGCGUUGGAAGAAGCAUCAGCCAUUGAAGCCGUCCUCCACUGCAUGUGUUUAUUUGCAGAACUAUCGGAAUCUUCCAAGCAAGUGUCUGGUGGGUCAUUGGUAGAGCAAUUUUUACAACUCUAUGAGAGGAUCCAACAAACACACGCAUCCUUGAAUUCCGUACUCAACAAAAUGCCAUCAGCUGAUUCAAACUUGGUCAGCCAUGGCCAUAACAAUAUCAAUGCCACUUCAUGGAUUCAGGCGGCCAUUGCUACAAAUCUUUCAAAUUUCAAUUUGUUCGAGACGAAAGACGAUCUCGAAACACAAGUCCGAGAUAGACAAGUCUACAUUGUCAUUGAUAACGCGACAAAGAAACUCGAUUUUGAAAACCAUUCCCCUAAACUGACUUCCACGAAUCGCAAAAACUAUACACGUGAUUCUACUGCUAAACUCUCGCAUUCAAAAGAAGAGUUUCGUAGAGGGAAUGGGUUAAAAAAGGCUGCUGAACUAGCCAUGGAACUACUCUCGGUCUCGCGUCGAUGGUUCGUGAAAUACUUGGAGGAUUUGCUUGAAAAUAGUUUCGAGCAGAGAUUAAGGGAAGGAGGUGUUGAGAUUGCAUGUCUUCUUAGGCAGCUUAAAAGGGUAAACGAAUGGAUGAAUGAGUUGAUUGAAAGCAAAGUUGAGAUUGAUCAUAAAAUUGAGCAAUUGAGGAAGAAACUCUACAAGUUCCUUCUAGAGCAUGCUCAUAUUGGCACUCGUUCAAGUCGGUAGAGAUACAAGUUCAAGGAUCGCUAACUUUUUUUGACAUUUAGAGUAGAAAUUUGACCUAAGAUUGACUUUGU